UCACCGAGCGCGUUGAUCCGUUCAGCAUGCAGUUGCAGCGUCAUUGUGGGCCACCGUUUGAAUGAAGUUAGACACACAAAUCUUCUACAUCCCGACUCACACCCGGCAUUUGAAACUGCCGAGCUUUGUAAAGGACAAGCUAACAGAAAGAUGCCCGUAUUUACAGUAAAUGUGAAAUGGGGAAAGGAGAAGUUCGACGCCGUGGAGUUGAACACAGAAGAGCCGCCCAUGGUGUUCAAAGCCCAGCUGUUUGCUCUGACAGGGGUUCAACCAGACAGACAGAAAGUCAUGGUGAAAGGAGGAACGCUGAAGGAUGACGAAUGGGGAAAUAUCAAGUUGAAAAAUGGGAUGACCCUUCUUAUGAUGGGCUCUGCUGAUGCCCUGCCUGAGGAGCCUGCAGUACGGCCCAUGUUUGUGGAGGACAUGACGGAGGAGCAGCUUGCAUCUGCUAUGGAGUUGCCAUGUGGAUUGACAAAUUUGGGUAACACGUGUUACAUGAAUGCUACAGUGCAGUGUCUGCGUUCAGUGCCUGAGCUCAAAAAUGCUCUCAGGAGGUACUCUGGUGCCUUGCGGUCUUCUGGUGCCAAUGCACCGUCUCAGUACAUCACAGCAGCUCUGCGUGAUUUGUACGAGUCAAUGGACAAGACCUCCUCAAGCAUUCCACCCAUCAUUUUGCUGCAGUUCCUGCACAUGGCCUUCCCACAGUUUGCAGAGAAAGGAGACCAGGGCCAGUACCUCCAGCAGGAUGCCAAUGAGUGCUGGCUCCAGGUAAUGCGGGUCCUUCAGCAGAAACUAGAGCCUGAAGAACCAGAAACCCCAAUGGAGAGUGACAGUGGUAGUGCAGCUGCUGCCGCAACAAAACUGAAAAACUUCAUUGAUCAGUAUUUUGGUGUUGAAUUUGACACAACUAUGAAGUGCACUGAGUCCGAGGAUGAAGAACCGACCAAAGGCACAGAGAGCCAACUGCAACUCAGUUGCUUUAUCAACCAGGAAGUCAAAUAUCUCGCCACCGGACUCCGAUUGAGGCUACAGGAGGACAUCACAAAGUUCUCAUCUUCUUUACAAAGAAAUGCGCACUAUAUCAAAUCGUCCAAAAUAAGCCGUCUCCCAGCGUACCUGACAGUUCAGAUGGUCCGAUUCUACUACAAAGAGAAAGAGUCUGUUAAUGCCAAAGUCCUUAAAGAUGUCAAAUUUCCUCUCAUGCUGGAUGUCUAUGAAUUAUGCACUGCCGAACUUCAAGAGAAAAUGGUUUCCGUGAGGUCCAAGUUCAAAGAGGUCGAGGACAAGAAACUGGAGAUGCAGCAGCAGCCAAAAGUGAAUCAGAAGGCUGUGACACCAAAAGAUACAAAAUAUGAUCCUUUCUGCUUUCCCGACGACUUGGGCUCCAACAACAGCGGUUACUAUGACCUGCAGGCGGUUCUGACACAUCAGGGUCGAUCCAGUUCAUCUGGCCACUAUGUCGCCUGGGUUAAAAGGAAAGAAGAUGAAUGGGUGAAGUUUGAUGAUGAUAAGGUCAGUGUGGUGGCCCCUGAAGACAUCCUGAAGCUGUCUGGAGGUGGCGACUGGCAUAUAGCAUACGUCCUCCUGUACGGCCCACGACGUCUGGAAAUACUUGAGUAACAGCGGUUCACGUUUAAAAAUCAAAACCAUACAUAAUUGCCAUUUCACAGCACUGUCUGUAUUAGAUGUGCAAUAAAUCCUGGUGUCUUUAAAAACCUGACCUUAAUAUUUUCUGAACUGUUCAUGCAUCAACACGAGUGGCAUGUCAUAUGAGGGUGUUUGCUCCCCUUCCGCGGAUGGUAAAUUUGAUUGAAGCGAUUGCCGGACCUGAUCCUUGUUUGGACUUGGAGCAGUUCUUUUCUAAAUGUUUUCUAUAUGCAUUGUAUAUUUUUAAGCCUGUAAAAGGUGUUCAUGCUCACUAUACAGUACCCAUUGCAGUUUUUACUGGAAAUUUGUUGAAAAUAAGUUGUUCCAUGUAGUUAUUUUACAUUAGGAUGAGGGUGUAUGAUAUUGGGUUUCUCACCCCAAAGAGAACAAAGUUUACAUUGAUACGUUGCAUGAUGGUAGGCCUGGUUUUAAUAUCAAAGGUGGAUUUUGUUACUUUGAAGCACUUUGAGAGGAUGGGUCUUCAUGUUCAAAUACCGCUCUCCUAUCUACCAUACAACAAAUGCCACUGUAAACUCCUAUGCCCUAAAAAUACCCAAAUACAAUAAUGUAAGAGGACUUCAACACAUCUCUGUAAUAAGUUAUUGACUGCUGGCUUUUCAUAAACAGUGAAAAAUAAACAUGCCAAUGAAUCAA